CUGAAAUAAUUCCGACUAUCAGCUCAUCUCCUUGGGUGAGGGUUCAUAGCGGUGACUGUGACACGUUAGCUGUCCACUACAGUUAAACCAUGUCUGGCCGCGUUCUUGUUGGUGUCAAGCGUGUCAUUGACUAUGCAGUUAAGAUCCGCGUGAAGCCGGAUAACAGCGGCGUCGUGACUGAUGGUGUGAAGCACUCGAUGAACCCCUUCUGUGAGAUCGCUGUAGAGGAAGCGGUCAAACUGAAGGAGAAGAAGCUCAUUAAGGAGGUUGUGGCUGUCAGCUGUGGGCCCCAGCAGGCACAGGAGACCAUCCGGACUGCCCUUGCUAUGGGGGCGGAUCGUGGCAUCCACGUGCAAGUGACUGGAAAAGACUACGAAACCUUGGGGCCCCUGCAAGUGUCUAAGAUCCUCGCCGCUCUAGCCAAGAAGGAGGACGCCCAACUCAUCAUCCUUGGAAAACAGGCCAUCGAUGAUGACUGCAAUCAGACGGGCCAGAUGACAGCCGCCUUACUGGACUGGCCUCAGGGUACUUUUGCCUCAGAGGUGUCAAUGGAAGGAGACAAACUCAAAGUGGUGAGAGAAAUUGAUGGCGGCCUUGAGAUGAUCAAGAUCAACACACCGGCGGUGGUGUCCGCAGACCUUCGACUCAACACCCCCAGAUACGCCACUCUGCCCAACAUCAUGAAAGCCAAGAAGAAGAAGAUAGCCAAUGUGAAUCCAGCAGACUUGGGGGUGGACCUGACAUCACGGGUGGAGAUUUUGAGAGUGGAUGAGCCUCCACAGAGACAGGCAGGAGUGAAGGUGGAGACAGUGGACGACCUGGUGGGCAAACUAAAGGACACAGGAAGGAUAUAGACACUACAGGACCAUGGACUGGGGAGAGCAGAACUAAGACUGCUGCUCCUGAGGUUAUGCAGAGGAGUAUUACCAGGGGAGGAGGAGAACUGAGAAAUACUGUCCUGCAGCAGAUCCAGCCAACCCCAUGGGGAUCAUCUUGUCUUUUGUGUUGAUUUUUUUUUUUUUUUUGUUUGUUUCUUUUCUUAAUUUUCCUGGUUGGUUCAUCUGUAUUGUAGACUACUAAUUUAACCACAGACAGCCUGGUCUCCAAUACCAACUGUCUCAAGGCAAUAAUCUGAACCAAGAAACAUCCGCUCACUCAUGUUUGUGUGUUUUUGUGUCGCUCUGUGCAUCAAAUAUCACUGGUACCAUUUCAUGAGUCACCUGUUAAUGCUUGUAUAUCUGUAGUGAUACAUGUAAAAGAGGUGCUGAGUGUGUAAAUGAUAUUUGUAAAUAUAGAUCCACACAGAUGAUUUUGUCCUUCUGGGUUUCUUUACAUCUUAAAGAACGUGUACCUGGGUUUGCAGGACUGCACAGACCGUGUCUCUCAGUGUGAGGAAAAGAAGAGGAACAUGAUUAUAAUUCUGAAUUUUACCGCAAGCGCCUCAAUUCUCUGUUGAUUGUACAGAACGUUACCGUGAAAAUAAAGCAGCCAGUACUUUUCAUAUCCAAA